AUGUCUUCACAUACAAGAACUCUUGAAGCGAUUAAAUUUGAUAGAGAAAAUAUCAAAUUAGAUAUUCUUAAUCAAUUACUUUUACCUUAUUCAACCACAUAUAUUUCAAUAUCAACAAUUGAAGAUGCAUUUCAAGCUAUUAAAUUAAUGCAAGUUAGAGGAGCUCCUGCUAUUGCUAUAGUUGGAGCAUUUUCUAUAGUUGUUGAUAUUUUCAAUUAUUUAAAAUUGGAGAAUAAUACUAGUAAGAAAGUUAAAGAAUUGAUUGAAUCUUUAGAUUAUUUAAUUACUUCUAGACCAACUGCUGUUAAUCUUGCUAAUGCUUUAAAUGAUAUUAAAGAAAUAUUAAAAAAUUAUAAUGAAUCAGAUAUUAUUAAUAAAGAAAUUUAUGAAAAAAUUUAUAAUUAUUCAAUUAAAUUAUAUGAUGAAGAUUUAUCAAAUAAUAAAAAAAUUGGAGAAAAUGGUUUGAAUUAUAUUAUCAAUACUUUGAAAAAUCAAAAAUUUAAAGGUCCAUUUUCAAUCAUGACUAUUUGUAAUACUGGAUCAUUAGCUACUUCAGGUCAUGGUACAGCAUUAGGUAUAAUUAGAUCAACUUAUGAAUCAUUAAAAAAAGAUAAUUCAAAUGAAGAUUUUUAUUUAGAUCAUAUUUAUCCAUGUGAAACAAGACCUUAUAAUCAAGGUGCAAAAUUAACUAGUUAUGAAUUAGAUUAUGAAAAAAUUCCAUUUACUUUAAUUUGUGAUAAUAUGGUAUCUUCAUUAAUUAAUACAUUAGGUAAUGAUAAAAAAAUUAAAAAUGAUCAACAAAUUGCUCCUGUUAAAUUCAUUAUUGUUGGUGCUGAUAGAGUUGUUAAAAAUGGUGAUACUGCUAAUAAAAUUGGUACUUUUCAAUUAUCAACCAUUGCUAAUUAUUUUAAUACUAAUAAAUUUGAUGAAAAUAAACAAAUUAAAUUUAUUGUUGCUGCUCCAAAAACUACUAUUGAUUUAAAUACUGAAACUGGUGAUGAUAUUAUUAUUGAAGAAAGACCAGCUAAUGAAUUGACUACUUUAGUUGGUCCACAAUUGAAUCAACAAGGUGAAGUUGGUGAGAAAGUAACGGUUGGUGUUGCUACUCCAGGAAUCUCUGUUUGGAAUCCUGCUUUUGAUGUUACUCCUCAUGAAUUGAUUGAUAGUAUUGUAACUGAAGAUCCAAAUGUAUUUGUCAAAGAUGCAAAUGGAAAUUUCACAUUAACUAAAUAG